UAUAUAAGGAAGAGGUUUACACAAAAAUGACAUUGUCUCCACCAAGACAAGCACCACCAACAACACCACCACCGCCACCACCACCACCAAGAUGGCGCCAAAAACAAUCAUUCUACUACUCAUGGUGAUACAAGGAAUAUGUGGUGAUCCUUUUAUGAAGAUGUUCCACCCUACAGGAUUCAACUGCUUAAGUGCCUGGCCCGGUGGAGUGCUGGUUGACUCUGACCUGGAACUGACAGCUGGUAAGCGUUUCACCGUGGCGGCCCAGUACGACGUGACAGACUAUGUUGACUUAAAGUACUACAUAUGCCCUUCGGAAAUCCCAGAAGACUUUACAGAACCUUGGCAAUUCAACUGCUUCAACAGACAAUCAGUAUCAAUUGCCAAGGACACCCAUGAUGCACUGCUGGACCUGAAAUUCAUGUUCUACUAUAACCUGUCUAUGACGAGGAUCAAAAUACCAUCAAACGUCACCUGUACUCGCUGUGGUCUGCAGGUGGAGGCUGCGGUGAAGGAGUGCAUGGGCUGCGAGCCACACACCGUCAUGACAUCCUGCGCUUUCAUCCGUGUUACCAAACGAGGCAACAUUCUGAUACCCAUCUUACCCCCCUCCCGCCCUGACCAACCCCUGCCCCGCCCCAACCGACCCUCACUCCCCCCGACACGCCACACAUUCCGCCCCAGCGCCCUGCCUACAGUCCCAUUGGCCCCACCCGUACUACCCCCAUGCGUCCCCCACCAACUAGCCGCCCCGCGUUCCCUCCCCAAUUCCGUCCCAUUCACCCCCCUCCAAGCCCCUACAUAAGGUAUUAGAAGCACUCCAAGGUGGAAAUUUCUUUUUUUUUUUCUUUUUUCUAUUCUAUGCAAGAGAAAAAAACCAGCUAAA